AUGGGUUUUAGUAACUGCAAUGGAGAAUCCCAGGGGUUGAAAGACUUAGCGCAACAGCUUAGUCUCUACAAGCCUCUUCACCCUCUAAACGACACCAAAAACAAGAAUCCCAAUGAAGACCCAACAACUCGAGACACAUCAGAUAAGUUGUUUCCCAAAGAAUUCGAUUCGAAAACCGAAUUUGCGACAAACCCAAUUGCGAACCAAUCUGAAAGAUUGAGAUCCAACAGAGCUGCAGUUCUGAUCUGCAUCUUCGAAGGUGAAAAUGGUGAUCUUUGUGUAAUUUUCACCAAGCGAUCUUCAACACUUUUGUGUCACUCUGGUCAGAGUCUCAUGGUAUAUGUAUUAGAUUCUGGUUUUUAA